ACGAAUUGAGCUCAAAAUCAAUGUCGAUUUGCCAGGUUGGGCACUGCUGAUCGUAUCAAGUGCCAAUAUGAAAGACUCUUCCACCCUUUUUUCUCUAACUUCAAUGUGCUCGUAACGAGCUCAUUAUGAGCAGUGUCGCCAAUCUGACCGAUGCCCAAUUGAGAGCGCUAUCUGAGUGUAUCACUCAUGGACGGAUAGGACAAGGCAUAAGCUAUGCUAGUGUUGUACUAUUUUUGUAUGAUUAUUCCUUGACCGUAUGGAACGAGGCAAAAUACGUGUGGCAGCCCCGUCGAUUUACUUUAAGCUCUAUUACCUUCGUCGUCGCUCGAUACGCUGCAAUGGCGACCGCUAUCAUUGCUCUUCUACCCAACGCCAGUGUCCCUGCGAUAGACAGUACAGCGACCGUAUUUCGCUUGAUUGCAAUUAUUGCGUCCGAACUUAGGACUUGGGCCAUAUGGGGUAGGAGUCGUAAAAUACUAAUAAUGCUAAUUUCCUUUUCUGUGGCUGCAAUUAUACCUGCUGCGACUAUUGUAGCCGAGAGUAUCGUCUCAAAUCAUGAAUUUCAGGAUAUUUGCAGCUUGACCAUUAGCAAUAUUUCAGAAGGGUUCAUCGGUCCCUACGUUGUAGCGAUGCUUUACGAAUUUGUAACGUUGACGCUUUCCUUAAUACGCAUUAUCAGUUGGCGCAAAACCAUCCCUGCGCGCAUACGUGCUCCUAUCAUCGAUACUCUCUGGAGAGACGGUGUAUUAUACUACUCAUUCAUGUUGAUCCUCGGGUUCGUUAACAUCGGGCUGGUUUUGCAGCAGGGGGUUCCGCAAGUACGAACAGGAGGCGCUGAGUUGCAAGCAGUCUUACAUAGCAUCCUCUCUACCCGAAUCGUCCUACAUCUCGCUGCUUCGACUGACUCUAGAGACAUCGCGGCGCCUGGAUGCUCCGUAUACCAGACUGGGAUGCAAUUUACAAGCGAGUUUGCUACUGUGGAUCAUAGUGGCUCUAAUGCUUCUCGGUUUGAACAUGGCCCAAUACUUGAAGGAGAAAGAUGAGGGCAUACAAUGGAGGCAUCGAUAUCAAUUAUUAGUUCUGGCAGGGAAAGAGACCGGGCCUACAAUCAUCGGUUGUAUAUCACCGUGCGUUCUGGGCUUUUUUCUCAU